AUGUACGAGAAGAUUGUGACCAUACGCCGAUUCGAGGAGCAGUCGCGUCGCGAAGCCGAUGCCGGCAAGCUGCGCGGCAUGCACUCCUCCAUCGGGCAGGAGGCAGUUCCGACAGGCAUCUGCGCGCACCUGCGCGACGACGACUAUGUGCUCGGCACUCACCGCAGCCACCAUCACUGUAUUGCCAAGGGCGUUGACCUCAACGAGAUGAUGGCGGAGCUGCUGGGGAAGUCAACAGGCACGAACAAGGGCAAGGGCGGCACGAUGCACAUCGCCGACAUCAACAAGGGCAUGCUCGGCGCGAACGGUGUCGUGGGCUCAAACAUUCCAGUCGCCACAGGGGUCGCCCUCAGCGCGAAGGUGCGCGGGACCGAUCAGGUCAGUGUCGUCUUUUUCGGCGACGGGGCAUCCAGCCAGGGCAGCCUGCACGAGUCGAUGAACAUAGCCAGCAUUUGGAAGUUGCCGGUGCUCUUCGUAUGCGAGAACAACCGUUACGCCGAGUCAACGCCGUUCGAGUACGCGGUCGCAGGCGGCUCCAUCGCAAACCGCGCGGCAGGCUACGAUAUGCCUGGCGUGCUGGUUGACGGUCAGUCCGCGCUCGAUAUGUUCGAGGUCGGUAAGGAAGCCGUAGCGCGCGCGCGGGCAGGGGAGGGUCCCACGCUCAUUGAAGCGCAGACCUAUCGGUAUCAAGGGCACUUCGGCGCGGACGAUCCGCUCGGCUAUCGUACACAAGAGGAAGAGGACUAUUACGAAGCGCGCGACUGCAUCAUGAUGCUCAAGGCGCACAUCACCGAUGGCGGCUACGCGGCCGAGGGUGAUAUUGAAGUAAUAGAAGCACGCGCAUUGGCAGCGGUCAUAGCGGCGACAACUUUCGCUGAUGAAAGCCCGUUCCCGGAUCCGUCCGAACUCACGACGGAUGUAUAUGUGAGUUAUUAG